UUCGUCGCACCUCGGUAGAUCUGCAGAUAAGAUCACGCCUUUUUAUUGAAGCUUACACCCACACUGAUAAAUUUGCACCCGCUGAGUAUUAAGCAAAAGAGAGUGAGAUUAUCUAAUAUCAUUUGGAGAGCGAGGCUGAAAAGGCUAAUGUCUGUCCUCUGCCACCCCCAUGCCUGCAACUGCAAACUGCUCUUCCUUUAUAGAGACAGAGAGACUUUUAGUGAGAGAAAUGCAUACCUCUAGUAAGAGAAAGUUGAUGGUGAGGGAGAAUAAGUGAGUAAUCAUGUCUACGGGAGUAGAGGAAGCUCUUAUUAAGUUCAUGCGGAAGAAGUCUAUAGUGGAAGGUGAUGAGCAAUGAAUUGUUAGAGAGAUAUUGCAGCUAGAAAGAUAGGAGACAUUUAAAGGUCGGAUCUUUGGAGGGAUAAAAUGGAGCUCAGCAAGUUAUGCAUUUUAGUUGGAGAAGUAGCUACAGGGACGGGAAGUAGCUGGUAGCUGCAGGUUAGCUGUAUGGGCCUGUGAUAAAAGGCACUGCCACAUCGAUGUGACAAUACGAGUAUGCGAUCUUAACCAGAGGCGACUCCAGCUUCCAGAGCUUUGAAGCUGCGACGCUUCCAAGCGCGCGUUUAGUGGCUGUACGCAAUGCGAAGGAGGUGGUCGUUGUCAUUUGUUCUGGCUCUGUUUCUUGCGUGGGGUUUCUGUUUCUGCGGCGGAAUAACCGGUGGAAACGACGGUUUGACGCUUGUAGAAAUCAAGAAGUCGUUCCGCAAUGUUGAUGAUAUCCUCUAUGAUUGGACUGGUGCUGCUUCCUCAGACUAUUGCUUCUGGAGAGGGAUAACCUGUGACAACAUAACCUUCGAAGUUAUUUCACUCAAUUUCUCUGGCUUAAAUCUUGAUGGGGAGAUCUCACCAGCAAUAGGGAAUCUCAGAAGCCUUGUCACACUUGACCUCAAAUCGAACCAACUUUCGGGCCAAAUCCCUGAUGAGAUUGGUGAUUGUUCCUUAUUAGAAACAUUGGAUUUGUCAUUUAACAAUAUCAAUGGGGAUAUACCUUAUUCAAUAUCAAAAUUAAAGAAGUUGGAAAGCUUGAUUUUGAAAAGCAAUCAGUUGACUGGUCCUAUUCCUUCAACGCUCUCACAGAUUCCAAAUUUAAAAUUUUUGGACUUGGCUCAGAAUAAAUUGAGUGGGGAGAUACCCAGGCUUAUUUAUUGGAAUGAAGUAUUGCAAUACCUGGGAUUGCGAGGAAACAAUCUGGAGGGAAGCCUAUCUCCUGAUAUGUGUCAGUUGACCGGGCUUUGGUAUUUUGAUGUGAAGAACAACAGUUUGAAGGGGACUAUACCUGAAAGCAUAGGAAACUGUACAAGUUUUCAAGUUUUGGAUCUUUCGUACAAUCAAUUCUCUGGAGAAAUUCCCUUCAACAUAGGAUUUUUGCAAGUUGCUACUUUGUCAUUGCAAAACAAUAAGUUUACUGGAUCUAUUCCUUCUGUUAUUGGUCUUAUGCAGGCUCUGGCUGUAUUAGACUUAAGUUGUAAUCUUCUAAGUGGACCAAUCCCUCCUAUUUUGGGCAACUUAACAUAUACAGAGAAGCUGUAUUUGCAAGGCAACAGAUUGACUGGACCUAUACCACCUGAGCUUGGUAACAUGACGAUGCUUCAUUACUUGGAGUUAAAUGACAACCAGCUUACAGGGAGUAUACCACCCGAGCUUGGGAAGCUAACAGACUUAUUUGACUUGAAUAUUGCGAACAAUUAUCUUGAAGGGACUAUUCCUGAUAAUUUGAGCUCAUGUGUGAAUCUUAAUAGCCUUAAUGCACAUGGAAACAAGUUGAAUGGUACCAUUCCACGGACUUUUAAAAACCUUGAUAGUAUGACAUAUUUGAAUCUAUCUGCAAACAAUCUGAAAGGUCCAAUUCCUAUUGAACUUUCAAGAAUUGGGAAUUUAGAUACGCUUGAUAUAUCAUCUAACAUGAUCAGUGGCCCUAUUCAUUCCUCCAUUGGUGAUCUAGAACAUCUUCUUAAACUGAAUUUGAGCAAUAAUCAUUUAUUUGGUUACCUUCCUCCAGAGUUCGGAAACUUGCGAAGUAUCAUGGAGAUUGACUUAUCUAGAAAUCAGCUCUCAGGCCAGAUACCCCAGGAGUUUGGAUUGCUUCAAAACCUCAUGCUAUUAAGAGUAGAAAACAACAAUUUAUCUGGCGGCAUAAUGUGCCUAACCAAUUGUCCUAGUCUUUCUGUUCUCAAUGUUUCAUACAACAAAUUUGUUGGUGAUAUACCAAACAUGAACAACUUAUCGCGCUUCUCUCCUGAAAGCUUUAUAGGCAACCCUGGUCUGUGUGGUUACUGGCUUGGUUCUCAAUGUGAUUCAGCCAAUCCAUCUGUGAGAGCUAAACAAGCCACAAUUUCCAAAGCUGCCAUUUUGGGAAUUGCUUUGGGAGCUCUUGUCAUUCUUCUGUUGAUUUUAGUUGCAGCAUGCAGGCCACACAAACCUCCAACUUUUCCUGAUUAUCCACAAAAACCAGUUACCAAUGCGUCACCUAAGCUUGUGAUCUUACACAUGAAUAUGGCUCUACAUGUCUAUGAUGACAUAAUGAGAAUGACUGAGAAUUUGAGUGAGAAGUAUAUCAUUGGAUAUGGUGCAUCAAGCACUGUUUACAAGUGUGUGCUUAAGAACUGCAGGCCAGUAGCCAUCAAGAGGAUUUACUCACACUAUCCUCAAUACCUUAAGGAAUUUGACACAGAGUUGGAGACACUUGGAAGCAUCAAACACCGAAAUUUAGUCAGCUUACAAGGAUACUCUCUUUCACCAUUUGGCAAUCUACUCUUUUAUGAUUACAUGGAGAAUGGGAGCCUCUGGGAUCUUCUCCAUGGAUCUUUGAAGAAGAAAAAGCUCGAUUGGGAGACUCGACUAAAAAUUGCCCUGGGAGCAGCAGAAGGUCUGGCUUAUCUACACCAUGACUGCAGCCCCCGGAUCAUUCAUAGAGAUGUGAAGUCCUCUAACAUACUAUUGGACAAAGAUUUUGAGGCUCAUCUCACUGAUUUUGGCAUUGCAAAAUUCCUUUGUGUGAACAAAGCCCAUACCUCGACGUAUGUGAUGGGAACCAUAGGCUACAUUGACCCCGAAUAUGCUCGAACUUCUCGGCUUAAUGAGAAGUCUGAUGUCUAUAGCUAUGGCAUCGUCCUACUUGAACUCCUCACAGGCAAGAAGGCGGUCGAUGAAGAAUGCAACUUGCAUCAACUGAUAUUAUCGAAGGCAGUAAACGAUGCAGUAAUGGAAACAGUUGAACCGGAAAUUUCAGCCACCUGCAGUGAUCUCGGCCCUGUAAAGAAAGUGUUCCAGUUAGCUCUCCUCUGCACCAAAAAGCAGCCCUCGGACCGGCCGACAAUGCAUGAAGUGGUUCGGUUACUAAACUUUCUUGCUAAACCAAACCUUUCUUCAUCAACGAAGCAGCUGCUUCCUUCACCUCCACUUCCAUCGACAAUGCCAAGCUACAUGAAUGGGUAUUCAGGGUUUCAGAAAACAUCUGCUCUUACUUGUACUUCUUUCAGUUCCUCUGAUGCCCAGCUCUUUCUCAAGUUUGGUGAGGUAAUUUCUCAUAACAGCGAGUGAUAGUGAUCUUAAAAAAUUCACAUCAGAAUCAAAUGUAGAAAUGGAAGUUGCAAAGUUCUGCCUUUUUUUGGUUUCCUGUGAAACUAAGGGGAGUUUUCUUUUGAAAAUCAACUUAGGGGAGUUGGCUCUCUUUCUGUUUGGCAAUCAAAAUCUUUAAUCAUUUUUGUCAUAAGGAUACCUUUUCCAUGCUUUCUGUAGGAGAUUGAAUUCAAGGAACUUUGCUAUGUGAACGUCAGAAAUGAUGAAAUAUAUAUAUGCUUGAAUUU